AUGGUAAAUGAAAUCAAUAAAUUUAAGAAUUUAGAAUCUUUAUUAAGAGAAUUAGAAAAGAAAUUAUAAAUUCAUGUAGAUGAUAUAGUAUAAUUGAUUAAUUUCAUUUACAAUAUGGCUAGAUUAAGAUAAUUGCUGGAUUGA